UUCAUUUGCGGGACGGUUGAUGAUAUGCUCUUCCUUGGUGGAGGUAUUGCAAUUGCCCCUAAAGUUGUCAAUGUGAUCCAUGCAAUGGUGGAUCAGAAAAAGAAGGAUAUGAGUAUGUCGGCGCUGAUUGCCUCACACAGGCAGCAUGUGAACUGUAUUCGGGGGAAGAGACCAAAAGUGAGGGAAGUUCUUCUGAGUCCGUGAUAUCCUUCUCUGAUGCUGAUUUGGAGGGGGUAGAUCUUCCUCACAACGAUUUUCUGGCGAUCUCCUUAAACGUGGGUGAUCACCAGGUGGACAAGGUCCUUAUGGAUCCGGGCAGCUCGGUUAAUGUAAUGUACAAAAAAUUGUUUGAGGAGCUCAGGGUGAAGCCGGAGGACCUCCAGCCAACCAGUACACGGAUGUGUGGAUUCGACGGGAUGGUAGUGGCGCUCAAGGGGCAAGUGUCGCUUCGAAUUUGUGUAGAGCAAGUAACAGUACGGACAGAGUUUCUGGUGGUAGAUGUAUAUUCUUCAUACAAUGCUAUUGUCGGUACAAGCUGGCUUCAUGAUAUGAAGGCAGUACCCUCAACUUACUACCAGGUAGUCAAGUUUCACCCCAGUAUUGGGAUAAAAGCUAUCCGAGGUGAUCAAAAGGUCUCAAAGGAGUGCCUCAUGAUUGAAGUAAAGGGGAAGGAAAAUGCCGUGAAGAUUGUUGCUGCUUCUGGUAUCGCUGAUGGUUGUAUGAGAUCGGACAGUGGACCUAUAGCCGUGUUCGAUUCCGCUGAGCUUGCAGAUGAGCACUAUUUCUUAUCCAAGGAGUUCAUUUGCGGGACGGUUGAUAAUAUGCUCUUCCUUGGUGGAGGUAUUGCAAUUGCCCCCAAAGUUGUCAAUGUGAUCUAUGCAAUGGUGGAUCAUAAAAAGAAGGAUAUGAGUAUGUCAGUGCUGAUUGCCUCGCACAGGCAGUAUGUGAACUGUAUUCGGGGGAAGAGACAAAGAGGUGAGGGAAGUUUUUCUGGGUCCUCGAUAAACUUCUCUGAUGAUGAUUUGGAGGUGGUAGAUCGUCCUCACAACGAUUUCUGGUGA